AUGGCAGACUCUCAAACCCCUCCGGACCCUUCGUCACCAGCAAAGCCGGCGGACGACGCUCAGCAUGUGGGGAAUGGUCCAAUAGCCGCGGGGAAAGCAGCAACACGACGACAAUUAGCGGCGGCCUUGACGGCGACCGACGUGACCAUCAGAAGAUUAGAUCUUCUCCUAUCCACCGCCGACGGGCAAGAAAGAGUACUGGCGACAGUCAACUAUGUCGCCUCGAUUCUACACCAUCUCUGUGCAUCCGCUCCAUGGAUUGCUUUCCAGUCUCGCCUCAGCGUCCUCGCUCGGUUGAAAGGUAAGGCCGCCGAACCGAAAGCUUCCUCGGUGCCCUCGCCCUCAAAAUGGAAAGCCCUCUCCUCCCUGGCUUCGGAGACCCGCUACACCAUCCGCCUCUUUGGCCUCCUCCCGCUCUGGAUCUGGGGCUCGGAGACACUCAAAUCACCACCGGCCGACCCGAUUAUCCGUACCCUGACCAUUCUCCAAAUCAUUUCGAACGUGAUCUACCAGCUCCUCGAGAACGUCGGCUACCUCGCGGCCAAGGGUAUUGUCUCUAAGCGAUGGGUUGAAAAAUACGGGACCCUGACACAGUGGGAUAUUUGGAGCACACGCGGCUGGUUUGGACACAUCUUUCUCGAAUUUUUUGUUCUCUGGCGGCAGCACAUCCUACGGAAACGCCGUAUCGCCGAGAAGCGCGCCGCGGCCGGCAACGAUGAGAAGGCUUUCAAGGAAGAGGAGAGCGCCGAGAUCCGCGCUGAAAUCCGCUCUUGGCGCAAGACCCUCGUCAACAACAUCUGCUGGGCCCCGCUGUGUCUGCACUGGUGUUUCGAGCAAGGAAUCGGCGUUCCUGACAACCUUGUUGGAGUUGUCAGUUUCAUGGCUGGUGCAUGGAGCCUGCAUGACAUGUGGGCGGCGACUGGCAAGGCGGUUCAAGCUUAG